GAUUUUCUUGACACGAAGGAGGUUCCACGCAUGCGUCUCCUCUUUCAACGUGACGUGGCUCGGUGACGGAGGAUCGUUACUUAGCCUCUGCCGAUUUUUCCGGUUUCUCCCGUAAAUAAUGUUAUACGGUGAAAUGGACAGGUGAACGCUGUCUUAGUAUCUUCGUAUACGGCGAACGUCACAGCGCUGACCGACUUGAAGUUCUCCUCAGUGAGAACGACUCACUAUGACGACCUACGAAGACUUUAUCCAACAGAAUGAGGAUCGUGACGGCGUGCGUUUCACAUGGAACGUCUGGCCGUCGUCGCGCGUCGAUGCUACCAGACUCGUCGUGCCGCUGGGUACUUUGUAUCAACCAAUCAAAGAACGAGUGGAUCUUCCGCCGAUUCAGUACGAUCCUGUCUUGUGUACAAGAUCCACCUGCAGGGCUAUCCUAAAUCCGUUAUGCCAAGUGGACUAUCGUGCCAAGUUAUGGGUCUGCAACCUCUGCUUCCAGAGAAAUCCCUUCCCAUCACAAUAUGCUGCGAUUUCAGAGCAGCAUCAGCCAGCAGAACUUAUACCGAUGUUUUCAACAAUCGAAUACACGAUAAUGCGCGCUCAAUGUUUACCACCGAUAUUCCUGCUCGUCGUGGAUACGUGUAUGGACGACGAGGAACUGGGAGCGCUGAAGGAUUCCCUGCAAAUGUCUUUGUCCCUGCUUCCACCCAACGCUCUGAUCGGCCUCAUCACGUUCGGCAGGAUGGUCCAGGUUCACGAGUUAGGAUGCGAUGGUUGCAGCAAGAGUUACGUAUUCCGCGGCACGAAGGAUCUGCAACCGAAGCAGGUUCAGGAUAUGCUAGGUAAAAGUAUAGGUAGACCGACUCCUGGACAGAAUCCAAGCCAGCCGAGAGGACCCGGCACGCAACCGCUGCCGCCGGCCAAUCGCUUCUUGCAGCCUGUGCACAAGUGCGACAUGAACCUGACGGAUCUUCUCGGAGAGCUGCAGCGCGACCCGUGGCCUGUCGGGCCGGGGAAACGCCCUUUGAGAUCCACCGGUGUGGCGUUAGCCGUCGCCACCGGUCUCUUGGAAGCUAGCUACGCGAACACCGGCGCUAGAAUUAUGCUGUUCCUCGGAGGGCCGUGUUCUCAAGGACCCGGCCAGGUGGUGACCGACGAUCUGCGGCAACCGAUCAGGUCGCACCAUGACAUCCAGAAAGACAACGCCAAGCACAUGAAGAAGGCGACCAAGCACUACGACGCGCUGGCGUCACGCGCCGCUGCCAACGGCCACAUCAUUGACAUCUAUUCCUGCGCCCUCGACCAGACCGGGCUGCUGGAGAUGCGACAGUGCUGCAACUCCACCGGCGGCCACAUGGUGAUGGGGGACUCGUUCAACUCGUCCCUGUUCAAGCAAACCUUCCAGCGGGUGUUCGCUAAGGACUCUAAGGGCGACUUGAAGAUGGCAUUCAAUGCCACUUUGGAGGUGAAGACGUCGCGGGAGAUCAAGGUCUCCGGUGCGAUCGGGCCCUGCGUGUCCUUGGGAGUGAAGGGGGCCAGCGUCGGAGAACAGGAAGUAGGCCUGGGCGGUACGUGUCAGUGGAAGUUCUGUUCCUUGACGCCGUCCACGACCACGGCACUCUUCUUCGAGGUUGUGAACCAACACACCGCGCCCAUCCCGCAGGGUGGAAGGGGCUGCAUUCAGUUCAUCACUCAGUACCAACACAGCAGCGGCCAGAGGAGGAUCCGAGUCACCACUGUCGCGAGGAAUUGGGCGGACGUGUCGUCGUCUGUGCACCAUGUGAGCGCGGGAUUCGACCAGGAGGCGGCGGCCGUUCUCAUGUCACGCUUGGCUGUAUUCCGAGCGGAAAGCGAUGACGGGCCGGAUGUGCUGAGAUGGGUCGACCGUAUGCUGAUCAGACUUUGCCAAAAGUUCGGGGAGUACACUAAGGACGAUCCCAAUAGCUUCAGAUUGGCGGAGAACUUCUCCUUGUACCCGCAAUUCAUGUAUCACUUGCGUAGAUCGCAGUUUUUACAAGUGUUUAACAAUUCGCCCGAUGAGACCAGUUUCUACAGGCAUAUGCUUAUGCGCGAGGAUUUGACGAAUUCCUUAAUCAUGGUUCAACCGAUCUUGUACAGUUAUGGAUUCAACGGGCCCCCGGAACCCGUAUUACUAGAUACCUCGUCCAUUCAAGCCGAGAGAAUUCUGUUGAUGGACACGUUCUUCCAGAUACUCAUAUUCCACGGAGAGACUAUCGCGCAGUGGCGACAAUCGAAGUAUCAGGAUCUGCCGGAGUACGAGAACUUCCGGCAGUUAUUGGCGGCGCCCGUUGAUGACGCGGCCGAGAUAUUAGCCGGCAGAUUUCCCGCGCCGCGUUAUAUCGAUACGGAACAGGGAGGAUCUCAAGCUAGAUUCCUACUGAGCAAAGUUAAUCCGAGCCAAACUCACAAUAAUAUGUAUGCUUAUGGCGCGGGGAUGCCGAUACCCAAUGGGGAAAGCGGUGCUCCUGUCUUGACCGAUGACGUCAGUUUGCAAAUAUUCAUGGAGCAUCUGAAGAAAUUAGCUGUAUCAUCUACAGCGUGAAUUAAUAAAUCAUUAUUUAUAUAUUCACAGUAUAUGUUAUGAUAAACGUUCAUUUAUCAUAUAAUGUUUGAUAAUAUAAUAAAAAAUAUUUGGGAAAUGCAAAAUAGGUAAGCUAAAAUCGAAUUUGUAAAUAUAAGGCUUACGAUGGAAAUCACAAUAAAUUUGGAAAAUGUCAAUAUAAAGCAAGUGAAAUAUCAAAGAAAGAGAGAGACAUUGCAAUCAUGUAAUUUAGAUUGUGAAUUAUUUCAAUUUAACUUUUAAGCAGACAAUGAAACGGAAUGCUUUUUAUUUAAUAAAAAUGUUUCACACGCUCGUUAAUUCAUUCCAGAUCUGUGUUUAUAUUUUAUAUUAAUUGGUGAUAGAGCUAUAAUGCAACGUAUGUAGAUAAAUGAUAUCAGUAAAAGAUUUUAGUUUCCAAGCAAUA